AUGCAGCGCACGUCGGCGGGAUCGGAGUGGCGUAGAUACGACCAGGAAUUCCGGGAGAAGCAGGACGGAUUGCAGGUCAUGGACUUUGGGAUCAAGGACGUUGAGGUCUGGCUCAAGGUCACUCGGGGUCCGCAACAGGCGGAGGAGCCCCGGAAGCCGGGGGCGGACGGGCACCGCGCAGGGUCGUCCGCCCAAGUGUCCAGCGCGGAAGGCGGAUUGGCCAAGCCAGAUGUCUUCACAGGGUGGCCCGGGCGGUCACAUGAUGCAAGGGUUCUCGCCAACUCCGAUCUUUACAGUAUUGCUGAGGACAAGCUCGGUGGAUGGCUUUUCCCUCGAGAGCAAAUAAAAAGUAUCACCUGGGAAAACUGCAACUCAGGAAAACUUCCCGGCACAAUCAAAAGCCUUUCUAUCAGCCCCGAUCCCGUAUCUAUGCCCGGAGAUGUGACUGUCUCUGUAGUCCUGAACACAAAUGUCCCACUGAGCUCUCCCCUCCAGAUAAAAAUCUCAGCAGAGAAGGAGGUGCUGGGCGAAUGGCUGACCGUCCCCUGUAUUGACAAGUUUGGCAGCUGCACAUACUCUGAUGUCUGUUCCUUGUUGGAUUCUUUCUUCAAGCCAGGACAGCAGUGUCCAGGGCCCCUCAAAACCUACGGCCUUCCCUGUCACUGUCCCUUCAAAGCAGGUUCCUACAGUUUACCCACCACCAGUUUUAAGGUACCAAAGCUGUCUCUCCCAUCCUGGAUGGCUGAAGGCAAUUACCGCGUGACUGGAAUUCUAAGCCACAAAAACCAAGAGAUCGGAUGCGCCAAACUGAGCUUUUCUCUGGCAACUACAUCCUCCUGGUGGUGGUGAAGGAGAAUUUUAAUAUAACUAAAUAAAAGCAACAAACACAAAAAUAGUAGCAUCUUAUUACUGAAAUGAUUUACAUAUUAUCCCACUUCUGCCACCAACACAUCCACUCUGAUUGAAGAAUUAAUUGUAUUUUAUACAAGGACGGGUUAUUUCAGUCUAGAGUGAACUACCUUGACCCUAAUACUGAGUAAAAUCUUUUUUAAUAGACAUUGUUCAAUACUUAAAUUUUGCCCUUUGUUACUGAUAUAGCAAAUAGCAACCAGCUAUGUAGUAUUGUUGUGAUUUACAAGUCUUAUUGCCAUAUUGACAUAAUUGCAGCCUGCAGCCAUUGGCACCCUCAACCCUGUCCAUCCACUAACCACUCCUGGAUUACACGGAGCAUUCCAUAGGCUCACUAGUCUGGUCCCAUGUGGCAGCUGUAAUCCUGCACAUGCAGUGUCACUAUCCGGCACAUUUUAUCACCCUCUAAGUAAAAUUAUACCCAAUUCAUACCAAAAUCCCAGGUCCAGCCAAGGUUACUGAGCAUGGGUUUCAAGCCGUCACAGCGGCUUGAAACCCAUUCACACCACAGGCUGGGCUCGCGUUAGUGGCAGUGCCUGGAGAUGACAUCAUCUCCAAGUACCAUGAGCCGGCAUUUCAUAGGGUGUUAACAGGACCCAGCUGGGAAGGUGACCUGUUCACACUACUCCGUAACCCGCAUUCUAGCCUGCAAGAUAGCGAGGGUGGGUUCCCGGGUCACUGGACCCAGGAUAUUUGGUGGAGACCCUUUCCCACUGAGCCAUGAACCAGGUUAACCAGGCAAUAACUUGGGUUAUUGCGGCGUUGGUGUGAAAGGGAUAUCGUUUUCUGCACCUAAACCUUACCGCUUCAGUUACUUUUCCUAGAUGAUUAAUGAGCAAUAGUAUGGCAUCUGCUAGGGAUGGGAAUCGAACAUACAAAGAACAAUCUGGAGUUUUUACCUAAAAACAUCAAUGUGUAAUUUCCAGUGGGUGUUUUUUCUGUCAUUGAUGGUUAUUUGUCAAUGGCGGUAACCUUGAUGUUAAGCCAUUGAUGCCCCGACCCUAGCAUACAAUCCUAGCACACUCAUUAAAAAAGAGAAACCCCGACACUCAUAGUCGGGCCUAUUGUGAAUUGUGCCUUUCACACCUGGGGGAAGUGGGCGCAGCUUUCAUGAUGAAAUUCACAGAAGCUGGGCAAAGCAUUUGAUGUUUCUGGGUGCACCACCAUUCUCCUGGUCAAUGGAUGUUCACUGAGGUGGGUGGUGUCUGAUGACGUGCCAUCGCUGCUCAUCACUGCCCACCCUACAGCCAGUUAAGGAAAAAGUAUUCAUUAUUCCUAAAAGCAGUGAAAAGGCCUAACUGUAUAGGGAAUGACCAUCGCCCAGACCUGUAUCUCACUGCACAGGAAAUAAGGCCUGUGUCACACGGUGGCUUAGAUUGCCAAUUGCUAGAAAAUGGCAGCACUAUGAAACAUGUUUGCCCCAGAUUGCUGCCUAUGGAAAAGUAAUCUCUGCAGAGUGACGGAAUCAGGAGAGCAAAAAAUCUAGCACAUUUUCUAGCGCAUUAUGACUUUACUAGUUUACUAGGUAUUUUACUAGAGUUACUGCUGUCAUAGGGCAAUGUGACAUACCAAUAAAUAUUAUACACCUAUAACUUAUUUAUGUGACUAUCUAUAGAAAUGAUUUGUUUCUAAUCACUGUUCGAUCACAAACAAUAAACAUAAACGUUUCUUUGAA